UGUAAAGUACCAGACUAAAAAUUAAAAAAAUUUAAUAUUUGUAUUUUCUGUCUGUGAUCAUGAAAGUAUGACUUGUUAAUGUUAAGAAAUUUUGUUGUUAUAAAUCUUAACUCUAGAUACUAAAUGAAAACUUCUGACUUUCGAGUACUAAUUAUUAGGUUGUUAUUAUAGUAAGCGGGUGCCAUCGAAUAAAUAAUUGUGAAAUUUUAUCAUGUGAGUGAUGAGUUGUGACGAAGAUGAAAGCGGACCUUUUGUUGUAUUCUUCUUACCAACUGUUCUUGGCUGUCUGACUAUACUCUUGGCUCGCCGGUGGGCCUACUCGCAAGUUAAUAGUACCUCGUCUACAGCUAUAUCCCGACGACGUAAAAUAAUUAAAGACCCUCUUAUUAAGCGUCCUUUACCUCCUGUAACAAAUAAAAUGGUUGCCCCUAAAAAGCUAUCGGGAAGCUCAAAAAAGGCCAUACCAGAUGAAGACUUAGCAAAUGGGAAACGUGUGCGCACUCGUUUGCUAUCAAAUGCUCCAAUAUCUGAGACGAAGUUAGCUGAAGGCCCAUCAACACCCAAACACAUUCCAUUCCCAUACAUCCCACAGGAUGGUGAACUAUUGUUUGAGAUUAUGACUUUUACCUUUUUGGCAGUAGCAGCUGGAUUACAAUUCUUGAAUUUAUAUCGAACAGCUUGGUGGCUACCAACAUCGUACACAACACAAGCUAUGCAUUUCCACUUAGUGGAUCCACAUGUUGUAAUGUUCAUACUGGGCAUAAUAAGUCCUAGAUUAUUAUUAAGUGCAAGUGUGGCCAUUAUGAGACUUUUUGUUGCACCAAAAAUGAUGCCUCAUGUUAUUUUAGCAGCAAGAAUGUUUAUUCUUGGUUCAGUUAUUGGUAUGCUGGGUUGGAGUACAUACUAUUUAUUAAUAAAAUAUCCUUUCUUAAAAAUGAUAUAUCUUAUUUACCCAUCAAUAAUCUACUUUGUGCUAUUUGGUUUUCAACUGGAUGCAUUCCUAGAGCUUAAUCACACAGAAACAUUACCAAUGCACAGCUGUUCACAUGACCCUGAACAAAUCCGUUCAGAAGUUGAAAUGUUGAAAGAAGACUUUAAUUUAAGAGUAAAAAAAACACUGUUUCAUUCAAUCAUAGGAGCAUAUUAUACAACUUUUGUGCCAUGUUGCUUUGCUCAGCCAUUCCUAUAUUACGACGUGGUACUUGCCGCUCAACAAGUAUGCCUUGUUUGGGGUUCCCUUUGCGGGCGAUACGCAGCGCAAUUGAUUCCAGCUGCCUUCUGCGACGCACCGCACAGAGCUGCCAGACAUUUGGGGCUUUGGAAGUUGGAAGGAACAACAAGUGAAUUUAGUGAUGUUCCUGAAUGGACAGGGAAUCGAUUCUGGGCGCAAGGAUCCCGUGUCAGAAGCAGCAACCAAGUUUAUGUAGCCACUACCACGACGGUCGCUGAUCCUACAUAUAUGGCCCACGUCAGAUUUCAUACGGUGUUCAACAAUCCUUCAAAAUUACUUUGUCUGCUGGUUUGUCUACAACUAUCAUUAGUACUGUUACAACUGUGUUUACUAUUCAGUUCAAUAGUGUGGCAUUACUUCUUGUCCAUAGUAGUAUUAUUAUUUAUUAAUUAUUACUCACUCUACAAAAUGCUCAGGGAUUAUCUGGUUGCAUGGAAGGUUUACAAGGCUGAGAAUUUAAUACAAGACAAAAAUGUUCAAGCUAAUUAGAAUAUUCUAACGGUUUAGUACUUAACAUUUUCAGUGCAUUGAUAUUUAACUAAUGAUCAAUGUUGUCUAGUCAACUAAAACAUACCCAUUGAAUAUUUUGGUCUGCCCCUAUUUGUAAAAAAAAACUUCAAUGUUUAACUACAAAUUACGACCCCAAAACCAAAUUUUUAACUAAAAGGAUCUGUUAAUUGUAAUUGAAAUAACCAUAAAUAAAUUAGUAUUUGUAA